GAGUUUUGAUUCCCUGGUUAGAUAUAUUCCGACUUUGAUUCAUUUAUAACUGUUGCGGAAUUAAAUUCGUCAACUUUUGGGAUUAUUUACUUGCAAAAUUCUGUCGUACUCAAGUGGCACUGCCCGUCAAACCUGGAUAAUCGGCGUGCGCGUGACUUCACCUACUAGAUAGGCGGGAACUAAGCUUGAGUAGCGACCCCGCUCAGCCGCCGCAUGUCCCAGACGUCAGUUUGUGUACGGCAGGCUAAGUAAUCGUUUAACAGACGUGAACAGCAGAGAUAUCUCUACCUGAUUAGGCACCUCGCCCUCUGCAACCUGAUCGGAGCUGCGAGUUUUGCCCUCUGGAUCUUGCACACACACCAGCAAAGACAUAAUCUCCAAGGGACGUAACGACAGCCUUGAAGGCAGCCAUGGCAUCUACAGAAGGCAUGUCGGUAAAUACAACCUCUACCGCAGGAUCGCCUGAAUCACAUCAAACACGGACAGAGACGAUGGACACGACCGUGCAGUCAUCAGCUGCAUCGACGGCAACGACGCAAGACAUGACAGGAUCGUCCACAUCUCGAUACCAGCCGCCGUCCGCGUCCGCAGCGUCGUCGGUAUUCUCCGCCCCGACGUGGUGGCCACAGUUGGGCUUCCGCGGAGCACGAGGUGGCGACACAGCCACCACGCUGGCCAGCGCGACCGGCGCAUCGUCCAGGGCACAUGUGCAGGGCUCGGUCCCUCCUCCCGUGACCGCAGGGCCCUCCAGGAGACCUGUGGACGUUGGCCUCCCGACGUCGCCGCCGUCUCCCGAACAGCAGCACCAGCAGCAAGCCAACAACGUCGCCGAGGCGCGCGCGGCGCUCGAGGCGUCCAUGGCCAACAUCCUGGACCGCGAGCUCGUGCCCCGCGCCACGGCGCUGCACCGCGGCGAGCGCGUCAUCAAGAAACAGCAGGCCGACGUGGUGCGCGCCACCGGCGCGCUGCGCCAGGCCAACCGGCAGCUCGAGGAGGUGGUCGAGGACGUCAGCUGGAAGCUGAGGGAGGUGGGCGACCUCCAGAAUUGGACCGAGUUGCUGGAGCAGCGCUUCCUGGCAGUCGAGGAGACGAUGCGGCUGGUCAGAGAGGGCGACAGUGACGAGGGCAGUUGUAGUAGCUGCCAGUGCUCAGAGUGCUGUUCGGACUGCGGGGAGAGUGAGUGGGAUGGGAGUGCUGACGAGGGCGAGGAAGUACCAGAUGCCAACUCCCACAACCAAGACCGAGCGGACGCUCUAAAUGUUGCUGUUGGACUAGAAGGACUGCCGAGUAUGUCUCGGCCUGUGGAGCAGCGUCGCGAUAACGAAGAUCCUCUCGUAUCGAAAACGAGCUUUGUCGAUGCUUGUUAUGUAUCCCUCCCCGAGGAAGCCUGGUCGCCGGUAGACAUUGACAUAGCUUGUCAGGUACCACUUCCUGAAGAUUUUCUGCUCGGCGAGCAAGAUGAUUGUUCAGAUGCAUGGGUUCAUCCGCAAAGUACCAUACCUGUCGAGGAGUGUCCACGUGCACAAUGAGCUACUGCUCAUUACCUUGACCAUGUAACUUGUUUCUUUUGGAGAACUCUUUGCUUGUCACCGUGCAACGACUCACAAUAUUAUGAUUAAGCAACGAUACAAUAUGCUAUUACAAAUCGUUUCGACCUGGAGUUGAGCUCGCACACUUCCGUUUGCUCCAAAGUAACCUCUCAGAAGUGCCACAAUGAAUCAUGUCCUCUUCAAACGCCCAAGCUACCCAUAAGUACCACCCAGCGACAAUGUCUUGGGAACGAGUAAAUAACACCGGACCAAGGGGUCAGACUAGAUCUGAACAAUAUCAAGCCAUGCAUAUUAAAU